AUACUAUCGAAUGAUGCAGCAUUUAAACGAUAAGUUUAAAGUUUAUCGAGUUACAUCACAAGAUUUGACUGUCACCCACGUUGCUCCUUUACUUAUUCAUUACCUUUGCGCUACCGUAAGGAGAUGUCGUCUAGCGACGUAUCUCAAACGGAACAAUCGCCAGCGAAGCGAAGAUCGUGGCCACACCAAACGUCACACAUGUUUGCAUGUUUCAGUAGCAUUUUCGGUCUUUAUAAUAUGAACAGAUUUUCAUACUUAGUCUACGUCUAUAAAGGUCCUUUUAUUAUACAGUUCUUAAUAUUAUCGAUCAUUUUUGGCCUUCCGUUUUUGUAUUUAAUUAUGCUCUUCGGGAAUUCGUUAGGAGAAACGGAAACUGUUACGUGGAAAAUCUCCUUUACCUUCAAAGGUAUCGGUAUAACUUUACUAUACUUUUAUUCUAUAAUUGGCACCUACACCACCUUGCCCACUUCGUGGAUGCUGACAUACCUUAAAGAUUCUUUCAUAUCAGCAGAAGAUAAUUACAAAUGGAGCAUUUGUUAUCAUAACAAAUGCAACCAAAAUCAAUCAAUUAUACAAAAUCUAUCUGUAUCCAUUCCGUAUUAUUUAAAUAAUAUUAUACAGAAAAGGGGUCAGGAUGCCCAGCUUUUAGAAUUUGAACAGUCUUUCAAUCUAGCUAUAAUAUGGAUUUUAAUAUUCAUCUGUUUAUGUUAUGGAUUGCGAAGUUUUGGAAAGAUAAUUUAUUUCUUGACUUUGAUCCCUGUGAUUCUUCUAACAUUAGUUCUAUUAAGGUUUCUUCAAGAUAGCAGUUCAGGAAUACACAAAAUUUUCGAUGCUCCCUGGAAAGAAUCUUUUAGAGAUGCUUGGUCCUGGCUGUUAGCAGCUAGAGAAAUGGUGCUAAUUUGGAUUUUAUAUUCUAACGUUAUACUUCAAAUCUGUAGUUUGAAUAGAACUGCCACUUUUGCUACCAGGAGCUUUUUCACUGUCGUUUUCCUUAUAAUAUAUUCGUUAUUGAUUUCCUGCUUUGUGUUUUCUUGUAUUUUUGAAAAUUUGUAUAAGCAGAACAUAUCCUAUGUACAUUCUUCAUAUGAAAAUCUCGUUUCUAUCUUGAACAAAACUUCAAGUCAUUCAAAAAUAAUAGGAUUUCUGGUUGGAGAUUGUUCUGUAAAUGCAAAAUUGGACAGUGAUAAAACCAGUGGCUAUCAAGUCACCAGAUUAUUCACUGAAUUACUUCCUGCAAUUUUAAGUGUAAAUGGUCCUCUUAAUCUUUCUCAGGUUUGGGCCAUCUGCUUUUAUUUCUCCAUCAUCUUAUUUGCCUUAGGACAGCAUGUAUCAGUGUGGUGGUGUAUAGUAAAUUCCAUUUUAACCAUCAAUUGUAAGUUACUAGAAAAAUGGGAGAUAUUAACAACAUUUGCAUUGUGUGUUGCUGGUUAUUUUCUCUCUCUUCCUAUGGCAACUAAAGUUGGAAUUUCUGCUAUUUAUUUCUUAGAUUGCUGUGUUGGUUCAUUAUGGUCAAGUCUUUUUAUUUUUUUUGUUAUGUUAAUCACAAUUUUAUUCACUGAAGGAAAACCUUACAGUAUACAAAACAUUCAGGAUUCACUUAUUGAAUCCUAUGGAAUUUAUAUUUCUUCAGUUCUGAUGCUCUUAUGGAAUAUUUUUCUACCAAUUGGCUAUUUGAUUUUAUGUAUUUUAUUUCUUCGAUCCAGCCAACUGGAAAUAAAUUUUCCCUGGAAUAAUAAUAAAAAGUUAUGGCCUUGGUGGACUACUUACUUAGGACUAGCAGCACACAUACUUCCGCUUACAAUCAUAUUUUGCAUACUUUUCAUUCAAAUUUUUUACUAUAUUCGUAGUUAUAAUAGUUCAGAUGAGAUCCGCCGAUUUUCACUUGGUGAUAUGAUAUUACAUCGUAGAAGUACUGUAUUACGUGAAGUAGAUUUACCUCCAAAGUAUACUCCACCCCCUUCUUACUCUACAGCUACUUCUCGACCAUUUCGUAAUCAACUUCCAAGAAUCAGCGUAGAUGUAGCAAUGGUUGAACUUCCAAGCUUAGUUCCAAUUCGGUCAAAUGUCUAAAUUAUUAUUUUUAUCUUCGUGUUAUGUUAGAUUAUGGUUAAUAUUCUAAAAUUUUUGUAUUUCAAGAAAUAUUCUAAGAAAGAUAACAGAUGAAUUCAAAUUAUAUAAAAAAAUGUAAUUAAAUG